UUUUUGUUUUAAACAAAUUCUACUAAAUUUUCCAAAGAAAAACAAACCAAUAAAAAAAAAUAACGAUGUGUGAAAAUACAACAUUCUUACAGGUGGGCGAUAUGAUAUCGCUUUAUGCUGAAGGAAAUGUUUGCGGUUUUCUUUCAACACUUGGUUUGGUUGAUGAUCGUUGUGUUAUACAGCCUGAUGCUGGUAAUCCAUUAUCGCCACCGAAAAAAUUUCGUGAUUGUCUAUUCAAAUUAUGUCCAAUGAAUCGUUAUUCUGCACAGAAACAAUUUCUAAAAGCAGCUAAACAAUCGGCAACUAGUGCUAGUGAUGCUGUAUUAUUGAAAAAAUUACAUCAUGCUGCCGAAUUGGAAAAGAAACAAAAUGAAACGGAAAAUCGUAAAUUAUUAGGAACAAUCAUACAAUAUGGUGCUGUCAUACAAUUAUUACAUUUAAAAUCGAAUAAAUUUCUAACAGUUAAUAAACGAUUACCAGCUUUGUUGGAAAAAAAUUCAAUGCGUGUUUAUCUUGAUUCAAACGGUAAUGAAGGUUCAUGGUUUUAUAUUGUACCAUUUUAUAAAUUACGUUCAACUGGUGAUAAUGUUGUUGUUGGUGAUAAAGUUGUAUUAACACCUGUAAAUGCUGGACAACCAUUACAUGCAAGUAAUUAUGAUUUACCCGAUAAUCCAGGCUGUAAAGAAGUGAAUGCAAUCAAUUGUGAUACAUGUUGGAAAAUUUUAUUAUUUCUUGAUUGUAAAGAAAAUAUUGAUGAUGUAUUGAAAGCAUCCGAUGUUGUACGAUUAUUUCAUGCUGAACAGGAAAAAUUUUUAACAAUGGAUGAUUAUAAAAAUCAACAUUAUGUUUUUCUACGUUCAACUGGCCGUAUGACAGCUACGGCUGCAACAAGUUCUAAAGCAUUAUGGGAAGUUGAAGUUGUACAACAGGAUCCAUGUCGUGGUGGUGCUGGUCAUUGGAAUUCAUUAUUUCGAUUUAAACAUCUUGCUACUGGACAAUAUUUAGCUGCUGAAACAGAUGAAGAUGAUACAUAUGAUUCAAUGCGUUCAAAAUUACAAGGAACAGGUCCAGUUUAUCAAUUAGUUUCAGUACCGGCUAAUUAUGAUAUAGCAAGCAUUUUUGAAUUAGAUGCAACAACAUUAACACGUAGUGAUGAUUUAGUACCACAAAAUUCUUAUGUACGUAUGCGUCAUGUAUGUACAAAUACAUGGAUACAUUCGACAACAAUACCGAUCGAUCGUGAUGAAGAACGACCGGUAAUGUCAAAAGUUGGUUGUGCACAAAUACGUGAAGAUAAAGAAGCAUUUGCUAUUGUACCCGUUUCACCUACCGAAGUUCGUGAUCUUGAUUUUGUUAACGAUGCAUGUUCAGUACUUACACAGAUAUCCAAAAAAAUGGAAGCAAAAACUAUAGCACAAAAUGAUAGAAAAUUAUUGAUACAAUUAUUACAGGAUAUUAUCUAUUUUAUUGCAAAUCUUGAAAAUGAACCGAAUCGUGCCGGUCCAUUUGAAUUAACACCAACAUAUACGAAUCGUGAACGACAAAAAUUAUUACGUGAACAAAAUAUUCUUAAACAAUUAUUUAAAAUUCUACAGGCACCAUUUAUCAAUUCAACCGAUACAGGAACAUUAUUAAAAAUGGAUGAACUAAAUGAUUCUCGUAAUGCAUCUUAUAAACAAAUAUUUCGUCUAUGUUAUCGUGUAUUACGUUUAUCACAACAUGAUUAUCGUAAAAAUCAAGAAUAUAUUGCUAAAUGGUUUGGUUUUAUGCAAAAACAAAUUGGUUAUGAUGUUUUAGCUGAAGAUACUAUAACAGCAUUAUUACAUUCAAAUCGUAAACUAUUGGAACAACAUAUCACAGCAAAUGAAAUUGAAACAUUCAUAUCAUUAGUAAGAAAAAAUCGUGAAUCACGUUUUCUAGAUUAUUUAUCCGAUCUGUGUAUAUCGAAAAAAGUUGCUAUACCAAUUACACAGGAAUUAAUCUGUAAAACUGUAUUAGCGUCAAAAAAUUCGGAUAUCCUUAUUCAAACACGUUUGGUGAAAACAUGUGUCGAAGUAGAAUUGGAAAUGGAAAAUAGUUGCGGCGAAAUUGUACCGAUCAUAACGACUGAAGAGGAAGAAGAAGUGAUUCUUAUAUGGGAUAAUGGUAAACAAACCAGAUCGAUUAGAGAAUUAUCAUACAGUGCACGUGAUGGUAAUAUAGAGGAUCGUAAUCUUCUUGAAUAUUAUCGACAUCAGCUUGAUCUAUUCAGUAAUAUGUGUUUAGAUCGACAAUAUUUAGCUAUUGAUAAUCUAUCACCACAUCUUGAUAUUGAAUUAAUACAGAAAUGUAUGUCCGACGAAGCAUUACCAUAUGAUCUUCGUGCCUCAUUUUGUCGGCUAAUGUUACAUAUGCAUGUUGAUCGUGAUCCACAAGAACAAAUAACACCUGUAAAAUAUGCAAGAUUAUGGUCGGAAAUACCGAAAAAUCUAUCUAUACAGGAUUACGAUCGUAAUAAACGUGAAUCUGAUGUAGCAAUGAAAGAAACGGUUAAACGUAAAUUAAGUUCAACAAUGAGCUUUGUUGAAGAUUAUCUUUGUAAUGUUGUCAGUCAUGAAUGGUCAUUUAUGGAUCGUGAACAAAAUAAAUUAACAUAUGAAGUUGUAAAAUUGGCCAGAAAAUUAAUCUAUUUUGGUUUCUACAAUUUCAGUGAUCUAUUACGAAUUACAAAAACAUUAUUGAAUAUUUUGGAUGGUACUUCUGAUGGUUCUGUUACAGGUGGCCAGACAGCGACAUCUACUGAUGAUUUAAAUAUGAAAACAGUCAAUGGUGAUCAUAAUAAUAAUGCAACAGCAUUGAAUACAAUGACUAACGGCCAAUCUACAUCGAUUGAUUUGAAAAGCGGACGUAAAGAAUCGAAAAAUGGUCUUGUUCGAAGAACAUUAAAAAAACGUAUUUCAUCAUUAAUUCAAAGACAACAGGAUGGUAAUGGACUUACAAUUUCAGAUGAACAAAUGAUUAAACAAUUAAAUUCAAUGUUAGAAAGUGAAGAUGAUGGAAAUAAUUUAGCUCAAAUAGUUAAAUCAAGUAAUCAAUCUGGAUCUAAUCAAUCAGUGGUGAUGAAGUCAACAGCGGCGACUGUUGAUACAUCGACAGCAAAAUCAUCACGAAAAUCAUCAUUAAUAAGUUUAGCCAAUGAUCCAAUGACCACUAAUGCAUCAGUUGCUAAUGUUACGCCUAGAACAUCACCAACACGAGCAACAAUAACAACAGCAACGGGCAAUGUAACGGCUACUAAUCGUAAUAAAUUACUUAUGAUGGAUACAUUAGUAAUGGAUACUAAAUUGAAAAUUAUUGAAAUAUUGCAAUUUAUAUUGAAUGUUCGUAUGGAUUAUCGUAUCACAGGUUUAUUAUCGAUAUUCAAAAAUGAAAUCGAUAUAAGCCAUCAUAAAAUUACAUUAACGAAUAAUGAUAAUAAUAAUGGUGAUGGUGGUGGUACUAAGACAACAAUUAGCGGUACUGGUGGUGGCAAUCAUAAUCGUGAUAAUCAAUGGGAUCAUAAUCACAAUCAAACAUCAAAUGAUAAGAAUGAUUAUUCGGGACAAUCAUCAUCAAAUGUUUCGAUUGGUGAUCGUGGUUUAGAUCUAGAUCGUAUCGCACAACAAGCUGAACAAAUAUUUGGUGAUGAAAUCGAUUUGGAUGGUGCGGGUGGAUGUACAUUUCUUCGUGUUCUUGUACAUUUAACAAUGCAUGAAUAUCAACCAUUAGUUAGUGAAGCUUUACAUCUUUUAUUUCGUCAUUUUUCUCAACGACAAGAAGUAUUACAAUCAUUUCGACAGGUACAGCUUCUUGUUUCAACCAAUGAUGUUGAAAAUUAUAAACAAAUCAAAUGUGAUUUAGAUCAAUUUCGUUUGAUUGUUGAAAAAUCCGAAUUAUGGGUAUAUAAAUCAUCAAAAAAUCUGGAAGAACAUGAUUUACGUUUACCAUUACCACAUUCAUCACAACAAUCACAACAAUUACCAUCGAUUGUACUAGGUGGUGGUGUUCAAACAUCAUCAUCACAAACAGCAUUAAAUAAUUUGCAAAAUAAAGACAAUGGUGCUACAUUCAAUAAAUCAACACCGAAUUCAACAUUAAAAUUAAGUACUUUAGGUCAUUCAAUGAAUGAUGAUUAUCAUCAUCAAUUAAUAUCCACAUCACAUCAUAAUCAUCAAAAUGUACAAUCAUUAAGUAAUCAUCAUUUACAGGCGCCAACAUCACAACAAUCAUCAACAUCGAUAUCGUUACCGGCAUCACCAUCAAUGUAUAAACAGAAUUAUAAUGAUUCAUUAUAUCAUAAUGAAUCAUCAUUUGUUUCAUCAUUAUCGGCUCUAUUAAAUCAUCAACAAGAAAUUCAACAACAAAAUGAAUGUGGUCAACAUUCAUGUAUUAAUUAUGAAACAAUAAAAAAAAUUCUACAACGUUUGACAAAACUUUGUGUACAGGAAUCAAGUGGAUUAAGUCAAGAACGUAAAGCACGUAAACAUGAACAAAGAUUAUUACGUAAUAUGGGUGCACAUAUUGUUGUAUUGGAAUUAUUACGUAUUCCAUAUGAUAAAAAAGAUAUACGAAUGGAUGAAGUGAUGAAAAUGGCACAUGAAUUUUUACAACAUUUUUGUCUUUCAAAUCAUCAGAAUCAAUCGAUUCUGGAGAAACAUUUAGAUCUUUUUAUGACACCAGGGAUUCUUGAAGCUAAAACAAUGUGCGCCAUCUAUAAGGAUAAUAUUGCACUUUGUAAUGAAAUUAGUGAACGUGUUGUACAACAUUUUGUUCAUUGUAUUGAAACGAAUGGUCGUCAUGUACAAUAUUUGAAAUUUUUACGAACAAUUGUUAAAGCCGAAGGACAAGUAGUGAGGAAAUGCCAGAAUUUUGUAAUGCAAGAAUUGAUAAAUGCCGGUGAUGAUGUAUUAGUAUUCUAUAAUGAUCGAUCAAGUUUUCAAACAUUGGUUGAAAUGAUGCGUUCGGAACGUCAUCAAUUGGAUGAAGUUGGUCCAUUACAUUAUCAUAUAAAUCUGGUAAAAUUAUUAGCUAGCUGUACGGAAGGUAAAAAUGCAUUUACCGAAGUAAAAUGUCAUUCAUUAUUAUCAUUGGAUGAUAUAUUGGUUGUUGUACAACAUGAAGAUUGUAUACCACAGGUAAAAGAAGCAUAUAUUGAUUUUUUAGCCCAUUGUUUUAUUGAUACCGAAAUGGAAAUGAAAGAAAUCUAUACAUCAAAUCAUAUAUGGACUUUGUUGGAAAAUUUUCUUAUUGACAUUGGUACUGUUUGUAAUUCUACACAUGAUCGUAAUCAUGCAGAUUUUGCAUUGAAUAAUUAUGUUACCAAUUCUAUAAUCAAUUUGAUAACAAUAUUUUUCAAUUCACCAUAUAGCGAUCAAAGUUCAAUUGUACAGACUCAUCAACCAGUUUUUGUAAAAACAUUACAAAGUAUAUUUCGAUUAAGUACAUGUACAUGGCUUACAUUACCACAAAGAAUCAACGUUGAAAAUUGUUUACGAACAUUGGUGGAUAUAUCGAAAAAUCGUGGUAUUGCUAUACCAAAUGAAUUGGAAACACAAGUGUUAAAUAUGUUUCAAAAACAGAUGACAAUAUCGAAAAAUUCACCAAAAUUAUAUCCACAAUCAAUGGCUUCUUCUGCUGCAAGUUCUUCAACGAAUCAACGUGGCUCAAAUAUUAAAACAACUGAUCGAUCUAUAAUUGAUGCAUUUCAAGAUAUUGUUACAUUAUUGGAAGAUCAAUUACGACCAUUAGUAAUGGCCGAAUUAUCCGUAUUGGUCGAUGUAUUCUAUAAACCUGAAACAUUAUUUCCAUUAAAUUCAAGUGCCAAAAAAAUCUGUGAUAAUGGUGGUUUUAUCUGUAAACUAAUCAAACAUACAGAAAAAUUAGAAUUAAUGGAAGAAAAAGAUGAAAAACUUUGUAUAAAAGUAUUACAAACAUUAAAAGAAAUGAUGCAUGUUGAUCCAAAUUUUGAUGAACGUGGUGAACAAUUACGUAAAACAUUAUUAGAUCGUUAUCUGAUUAAACCACAACAACAAUUACAACAGCAACAAAAUAAAUUACUAAAUCAAGCAAUGAAUGUUGGUCCAGGUUCAAUAAUGUUAUUACGUGCUGAAAUGACAUUACAUGAAGUACAAUCACAUCUAGAUCGUGAAGGUGCCAGUAAUUUAGUUGUUGAAUUAAUUAUGUCAAAUCCAAGUUAUUCAAUAUUUGUUGAAUCAGUUGAAUUAGGUAUCGCUUUGCUUGAAGGUGGUAAUCCAGUCAUACAGAAAUCUAUUUAUCAAAAAUUAAUACAACAAAAUAAUUCGGAAAAAUUUUUCAAAGUUUUUUAUGAUAAAAUGAAAUUUGCUCAACAAGAAAUUAAAUCUACAAUAAGUGUUAAUUCAAGUGAAUUUUAUAAAAAUUCUGCCCUAAAUGAUGAUAGUAUUUCGACACCAAUGUUGAUCGGUCAGAUUGAAGAAUGUGCCGGUUUUGAUCAGCUUGUACCACCACCAUCGAUUGCAUUUACUCGUAAACGUUCAUCAACAUCUGUUAAUAAUAGUAAUAAAUUUUUUCAAAAUUCUUCAAAUAAAAUAAUAAAAUUACCAUCGGAAAUUGCUGUUAUGAGACAGAUUCUUCGUUUUCUACAACUUUUGUGUGAAAAUCAUAAUCUUCAAUUACAGAAUUUUCUACGUAAUCAACAUCAAAAAGCAAAUUUUAAUCUUGUUUCAGAAACAUUAAUCUUUUUGGAUCGUAUUUGUGGUUCAACAACCGGUGGUCUUGGAUUACUUGGUCUUUAUAUUAAUGAAUCGAAUGUAGCAUUGGUUAAUCAAACAUUAGAAACAUUGACCGAAUAUUGUCAAGGUCCUUGUCAUGAGAAUCAGAAUUGUAUUGCAAUGCAUGAAUCAAAUGGAAUUGAUAUAAUUAUUGCAUUAUUAUUAAAUGAUAUUAAUCCAUUGGGUAAAAAACGUGUCGAUCUUGUAUUAGAAUUGAAGAAUAAUGCAUCCAAAUUAUUGCUUGCCAUUAUGGAAAGUCGUGCCGAUUCAGAAAAUGCUGAACGUAUUCUUUAUAAUAUGAGUCCAAAACAAUUAUUGGAAGUUGCUUGUAAUGCAUUUCAUAAAAAAGUUGUUUUACCGCCACAAACAAAUAUUCAAAUACAGGAACCUGAUCCAGAUUCACCAACAAUAAAUCCAGAUAUUGGUGAUCUACUUGGACCAGGAUCAACAAUAUUGGCUACAAGCGGUAUUGAUUCUCCACGAAGACGUCCAAGUAUUGUACAAAUGUCAUUACCAUCAAGAAAUCCAAUAAAUCUAGUCGAUCCAAAAGAAGUUGGUCAUAAUAUUUAUAUACUUUGUCAUCAGCUAGCACAACAUAAUAAAGAAUUGGCAGAUAUUUUGAAGAAUUCAUUACGUGGCUCUGAUCAACUAUUGAUGAUGAAUAAUGAAAUGAGAGAUGCAUUAAAUUAUUAUCAAUCACAUACAGCACAGAUUGAGAUUGUGCGUAUCGAUCGUACAAUGGAACAGAUUGUAUUUCCAGUACCACAGAUUUGUGAAUUUCUAACAGAUGAAUCUAAAAUGAAAAUCUAUUAUCAAUCCGAACGUGAUGAACAAGGUAGUAAAGUAUUUGAUUUUUUCGAACGAUCAGAAGAUUUAUUCAAUGAAAUGAAAUGGCAAAAACGUCUUAGAGAUCAACCAUUUUUAUAUUGGGUAUCACGUCAUAUGACAUUAUGGAAUUCAUUUUCAUUUAAUUUGGCUGUUGUUAUCAAUCUGAUUGUUGCAUUAAUGUAUCCGUUUCCUGAUAAAACUGAAAUUGAUCAUCGAAUAUCGGCAAUGUUAUGGGCAAUAUUAUUCAUAUCGAUAGCAUCGGUAUUUUCAUUCCCAGGAAAAUAUUGUUUCUAUGUAAUGGUCUCAUCGACAAUAUUACGUUUGAUUUAUUCGAUCGGUAUACAACCAACAUUAUGGCUAUUAGGAUUGAUUAAUGUAUUCAUUAAAGCAAUACAUAUGAUUAGUAUAAUGGGAAAUAAUGGAACAUUUAAUAAGAAAUGGGAUAAAAUUCUUACCAAUAAAGAAUUUCUAUAUCAAAUUGUUUACCUUUGUUUCUGUAUUAUUGGUCUUAGUGGUCAUUCAUUAUUCUAUUCAGUUUUGUUAUUAAACGUUGUUUAUCAAGAGGAAACAUUACGCAAUGUAAUACGAUCAGUAACACGUAAUGGACGUUCAAUCAUAUUGACAGCAUUAUUAGCCUUGAUACUUGUCUAUCUAUUCUCUAUAAUUGGCUAUCUAUUUUUUCGUGAUGAUUUUCUACUGGAAGUUGAUGUUGUCACAACGAAUCCACCAUUACAAAUGGCGAAUGAGAAAUUUUUGCAACAGAUGAAUCAUUCGGAAUCAGCAAAUCAUCAUUAUCGAAAACAAAAUUUUUCCAAUCAACGACAAUUCAAUGGUGUAUUGUACAAUAUUUAUCAGAUGAAUAAUGAAUCAUUUCUUUUUAAUCGUUAUAACAAUAAUUCUCAUAGAAAAUGGGAAUAUUGUUUGAAUGAUGAUGUUAAUCAAACUAAAGAUUGUGUCGCUGAUGUUGUCUAUCGACAAAAUGAUGGAAACAAUAUGCCAAUGGAAAUGGAUUCUAAUCAUAUCAUUGAGGAUGAUGGCGAUGAUGAUCAUACGGUUAAAGAACGUGCUUGUGAUUCAUUAUUAAUGUGUAUUAUAACUACUGUAAAUCAUGGCUUAAGAAAUGGUGGCGGUAUUGGUGAUGUAUUACGUUCACCAAGUUCGAAUGAAUCAUUGUUUGUUGCACGUGUUAUCUAUGAUCUGUUAUUCUUUUUCAUUGUUAUUAUUAUUAUUUUGAAUCUUAUUUUUGGUGUCAUUAUUGAUACAUUUGCUGAUUUACGUUCGGAAAAACAACAGAAAGAAGAGAUUCUUCGUAAUACAUGUUUUAUAUGCGGCCUUGAACGUUCAGCAUUUGAUAAUCGAAGCGUAUCAUUUGAAGAACAUAUCUAUUGUGAACAUAAUAUGUGGCAUUAUCUUUAUUUUAUUGUACUUGUACGUGUAAAAGAUCCAACAGAAUUUACUGGACCAGAAAGUUAUGUAGCGCUUAUGAUAAAAGAACGUAAUCUAGAUUGGUUUCCACGUAUGCGUGCAAUGUCAUUAGCAGCUGAUGACGGUGAUAAUGAACAAAAUGAGCUACGUACAUUACAAUCACAAUUAGAAUUGACACAUAAACAAAUGGCUAUAUUAAGUCGUCAAUUGAAUGAAUUAAAAGAACAGAUGAUGGAACAACGUAAACAACAACAUCGUAAAGGAUUAUUUGGUACAAGUUUAACAAUGACAACUGUACCAACACCGGCUACAUCAACAAUGACAACAACAGUAGCAGCAGCAGCAGCGACAGCAGCAACAUCAACACCGAUGGCAAGCUAUAUUCAUGAUAAUCAAUCAAUUUUACCAAAUAUUAUCAAUCAUGCUACCAAUCAUGGAACAAUGAUAAACACACCAUUUCAAAUCGGUUUAGAUAAAUAAAUUAAAAUCAUAAAUAGUUUUUAUUUUAUAAU